CGGCAACAGCGUGCGCCCCGUUUACCCCCGCGAUCGCAAGCGGCCUGCAGGCAAUUACGGUUUUAACACACUCUUCGGCGGCAAACAUAGUCAGUAUCGUACUACGAGCACCGCCGUCCGAACCGCCGUCUCAGCUUUAUGAAAUAACAUAAUAAUAAUAAUACUAUAAAAUAAAAUAAUUACAAUAUACUAAUAGAUAAAUUAUUAUACAACAACACUAGCUCGGUAGUUAAGCGUGUGUGUGUGUGUAUGUAUGUGAAUGCGUUUUGAGUGUAUCGUUGUACAAGUCAAGUCGACCGUCUUCGAACAUAAGUUUUUUUUUAACCCGGUAUACAUUAUAAUAACGAGAACGGUAUAAGCGCCGAGUAUCGACGGAAAAAAGGACAUGAUAGACAAAGUCAGUUGCUGAGACCUUUUCGUUUCAACCGCACGCGCAGUCGACUCUCUUUCUACACGCUAACCGACUUAACAAUCUAAAAGAAAUCAUGAUGUAUGGCAACAAAUUAUUAUUGCCGUUACUGAGUUUGCUGGUCGUCACCUAUGCGGUACCGGAAGAACGAAGGAAAUUCGUUCGAGUCAUUACCGAACCAAAACCCGGCGAGGAAUAUGUCAGCAUACAUACAGGAAACCCUUCGUCGGGAGCACAUGGCAAAUCUUCAGACGAGCAAAUGCAUGUUAAUGUCCAGGAUGAAGGCCAAAUCGGAGUAAAACCAGUAAAAGGAGCUGUCCCAGCCGUAGAAAAGUUGUACGCUAACAAAAAAGUAUUUGCAUCGAACGAAGAAGUGUCGCGAAAAAUUGUACCACAGAGAAAAUCCGCACAGAUCAGAUCGGAUGAAACUAUUAGUGACGAAUUUAUUAACGGUCAACAAAACAAGUUAAAAAAUAAUAAGCAAGUGGAACUAUUGACAACUCGCCAACAAUCAAAAACCCAAGAAAACAAAGAAGAUGACGGUCUUUAUGACUUUGUCGAUUCACCGUACGGAGGACAACUUGUGGGCUCAGCUUCUUCUCAAGCUUCAAGAGUAAACAUCAAGAAAGCGCCAAAUGGUCAAGAAUAUGAGUAUGAAUAUGUAUACUACUAUUACGAUGAAGACGACGAAAACUCUAAAAAGUCUAGUUCUAAAACCGGAUCAAGUACCCCAAACACACUAACAGAACAGACAAAAUCCGAAAAGGACACCAAGGAACGUAACAAACUAAAAAGACCAUCGACAGUCGUAGAUGAAAGUAAAUUUGUCCAGAACACAAACAAAGGCAGGUUCCACAAUGUAGAUCAAACAGCCACAAGAGACGAACCUGAAAUACCAGCAAAUUUUGUUGUCGACGAUAUACCAGAACACAAUGUUAAAACAAAGGAUUCUGGACGUAACCUCGAAGAAUCCUUAGCAGUGCCUACUCCAACUAUUUCCGAAGAACGUCUUCCGACCAAUGCAAGAUUUCCUGCACGAUCUCGCGGUAACUCCAAGCCCACAACCCAAGAAAUAGUGACCACGAUAGCGCCAACCACAGACACGCCAAUCACUCGUAUUCGUCCCAACAGCAUUUAUCAACCUAGUUUGGAUUUAGUCGAUAGCAACGCGUUUAGAACUCAUUCUAGCAACGCACAGUCUACGGCUACUUCACCGAAACACGAAAACCAUAGAGAUGCCGUGGUACAAACGUCACCUGCAACAGCAGCAGCAGAUCAAGUAGCAACUAUUAAUAACGCUUAUAACACUCAACCUACAGAAACGGUAACGUCGGUUAUCACCGAAACCGUUGAUAGCUUAGAUCGGAAUCCAGACAAUACCGAUGCAGACACACGGGGGUUGUCGUUGACGACGACACUAACCCCUGACGAGGUCGCCGCCGUUACUACCCAACAUACAGGACUGACAGACAAAGGAGCAGUAGACUUAUACGCCAUUUUACAACAAACCCGAAGUGAAGAAACGGCAAACACUAUAUUAUUCAACGAACACUCGACUAGGUUCGACGACAAUGAAGCCCAAUUCCCAACCACGUUACGCUUAGCUCCAACCACAACCACCACCACCACUACCACGACUACAACUACUCAGGCUCCGACCACUACGACAACUACGUCAGCACCGACUCGCCAACCCGGACUGCGAAACCGUUAUCGCGGCGUGACGGGCAAUAGAAACGGCGCGACGUCAACGACCACUUCGACCACGACCGAACAGGCCGCCGAAGGUGCUACGGAGAGGCGCAGAUUCAAACCUAGCAGAGAACGAAUUACUCAAGGACAGUCAAUUUAUAGUAAGAGAUACCAAUCAUCAACGGCUGCAUUAGACAGAGAUUCUUCCACGACCGAGACCGAAGUAGUAACAAAAGCAUCGAAACCAUCGUUCGGACGUCAAAGAACACGCGCUAGCAGCAAAUCCAGAACGAGCACAGCAUCCGUUGACGAGACCCCAGUUGAAGUCACUUCAGCCGCUCCAAGGCCAAACUUUGCUGAAAGAUCAAACCUAAGAAAACAGAACAGCAGGAAUAAGUUCACGACGACUACCACCACUCUUCCACAAGUUACUGCGGAAGAAGACAAUGCUAGCAGUCACACCGCCGAGUUUGAAACUUCGGAACCAACCUCGAGCACAACCAAAGCCGUAGGAAGUCGACUGAGACCUAACAUUAGACCGUUAAGACCCGGUCUGAGAUUGGGAGGCAUUGGCGGAAAAGGUUCUUCCACCACUCAGGUGUCGACUACGUUGUCAACACAAGCGCCUGCGGUAGAAAUCUCCCCGCAAGAAGAAGAAAAGGAUACAGUCCAAGAGACUAGCAGUCCCACUCCGACCCCGGACACGCUUAUGAGACUGAAGAACAGAAAUAGGUUCAGGGUGCCGGAAAAGCAGGCUUCCCAAGCGCCGAGACAACAGACCGUCGCUCCAGUGACCGGUCAAAACCGCAAACACUUACUGUCCAAUUUGUUGCCAAAAAAGAAGUCUUUGCAAACCGAAGAGCCUCCGGUUGAAGAAACAAAAGCGGUCUCAGAGAACGAACAAGAACCCGAAGGCGACCAAGAACUUCAAAACGACGAGGAACUCCAUCACCAACCGGCUUCGUCGACGACUACCACCAGUACGACCGAAGCUCCGACUUCAUCUACAAACCGUCUGUCGUCUUUGUUAGCCAAACGGAGGCCACUGCAAAGAAGACCAGCAGACUUGCAGCAACACAAACAAUCAAACCAAGAAGAGUGAACAAAUCAAAAUUACGUUUACCGAAAACUAAUUGCUAAAUACCUUCCAGUGUGAUUCAAAUGCGUCCACACUACAAUAGAUAUAUAUAUAUAUAUAUAUAUAUAUAUAUAUAUAUAUAUAUAUAUAUAUAUAUAUAUAUAUAUAUAUGUGUAUUACUAAUUUUUAGUUAAUAAAAAUAAUAGUAUUCACUUUGGCUAAUUAAGUGAUUGAUUAUACAACAUUAUAUUGUUCCAAUUAAUCAUUUAUUAUUAUAAAUUGAUUUGACAUAAUAAUUUAUAUAAUUAAAAAAAAUAAUGUACAUUAGUUUACGUUAUGUCUUUAUAUUAUAAUUAUUUCGAAAUACCAAAUCAUAAACAUCUUUGUACCUAUUUUAUAUAUAUAUAGAUAUAAUAUAAAUCGACGAGAUCUAGCUUAUUAUUAAUUGAUAAUAUUGAUUAUAUACCUACCUAUAAAAUUAACAUACCUAUACUAUACCUCUACUUAUACGUAUUUUAUCGUUGUUAAAAUGUAUUGUACUUAUGAAUUAUUAUUAUUAAAAAAAAAUGUAUUAACACAGUGUUAGAAUAAGUAUUUGUGCCAUUUUUACUGUUCACGGUAGUACAUUAUCAUGUUAUAUUGUUUCGUCAUUAAAUUUGGAAUUUUAUGUGAUACUG